AGUCUUUUACGUACAGCCUCAACCUCUUUUGUACAAGCCAUGGACUUCCUCGACCAUUCUUCUCCUCCUACAACUUUCUUAUGCCCUACCCUACGAUACAAAAAACAAACGGAUCCAGAAAAUGAUCCGUCGUUAGAAGAACCUCACUCUCUCUUCCCAAUCGAUUCUAAAUCUCAAUUAAACCAAAGUUUGCGCAACUUAUAUUUUUGUGCCUCUUGCAAUCAUACAGAAAAAUAUACCUCUGUUAUUUGGUGCGACAAAUGUAACCAAUUAUACCACAAAGAAUGUGUCGAAUCUCCACCUGAGAUCAAAGUCCCUUAUCAUCCCAAACACCCUCUCCAACUUCUCUUUCCAUAUCCCAAUAGUACACUUCAAGUAGGGAGCAACCAUUACGACAAGUGUAAUUGUUGUGGAGAAGACACUGAAGAUUUAUGGGAUGGAGAAGAACUUGAAGGACAACCAGAAGUCGAGUAUGAAGAUAUUAAGGCGUUCAAAAAGAUAGGUGAUGGAGUCAUAAAACAUGUCAGUCAUCCAUAUCAUGACAUGAGACUUGACAAGAAGGAGAAUUAUAAAGUGGAAGUCGAAAAAAGGUGUCGAGCGUGCAUCCUUCCUGUCUAUGAAGGUAACAUUUAUAGUUGCAUGAGAUGUGAUUUUAUCCUCCAUGAAACAUGUGCACAUCUUCCUCGUACAAAAUGGCAUCCACUGGAUGUCCAUCCACUUACUCUAGAAGUGGCUCAGCAACAUAAGUUCCAGUGCGCAGCUUGUAGAAACCGUUGUUGUGGCUUUGCAUACAGAUGUGCUAAAGCCCUUUGUGGUUUCCAAAUAGAUGUACGAUGCGCUUUGGUUUCCGAGCCUUUCACUCAUGAGUUGCAUCCACAUCCCUUAUUCUUAACAUUUGAACGAGGCAUAUUUAGAACAUGUUCCAUGUGUGGAAAACAAAGGAUACAUUUGAACUGUAUCGAAUGUUCCUUUGUUUUUUGUUUCCGUUGUGCCACUUUACCAUAUAAGGUGAAGUACAAACAUGAUGAACAUUAUCUCACUUUAUCUUACGAAGAAGAUACAGGAGGAUACAAUUGGUGUGACAUAUGCGAAAGGGAAACAUAUCCACGUGUCGGGUUUUAUACGUGCAAUUCGUUGUGUAGCGCCACAGUUCACAUUGAAUGUCUAUUGGGGGUUGAUCCUUUUGUGAACCAUGGUCAAGCUUUCGAAAUCAAUGAAGUAUGGUUUGAGAUAAUUCCCAACGAUGGUCUUACUCGAGAAAUUUGCAUGGGGUGUCGAAAACAUUGCUGUUACAGAGUAGCAUAUAAAGCUGACAUAGAAAGUAAUAGACCGCUAUUACUUUGUUCCAUGGAGUGUAUAUAUUCUGUCAUGAGUUCAAGAGGCUAUGAGAACAGGCGAAAGAGGAGUACGGGUUUCAACCUAGAGGACCUCGCUGGCCAUUCCGGGCCAGCCAGAGGAAGUACAGAAAAUCUUGCAAGAAAGUAGGAAAGGAUAGUCGUUGAAUUAACUAUUCUUAUGCUUUCUCUUAUUAUUACAUAAACAUGUUAUGAUCACAUUCACAUAUUAUUAUUACUUUAUGCUGGUUGUUGUAGUUCAAUCU